UAGGGGGCCCAGCCGCGAAGGAUAUCAUAAACGAGGUACUUGGAUAAAAAUCCCUCUUUUCAAUCUGGGUGCAAAUUAUUGAGCUACUACAAACCUAGAAUCACCUCCAUUGAUCUCAGAUUCCCGAGUCUUGCUCCGGGGAGAGUGAGAGAGAGAGAAUGUCUGGGUAUGAGAAUGUAAUCGGAGGGAAGCUGAAGCUUAAGGGUAAGGCUCUGGAUGUGAAGGCCGGUGGAGUGAAGAAGAAGAAGAAGCAAAAAAAGCAGCAGGAACAAAUUUCUGAAGCUGUGGAAAGUGAGAAUGCAUUGGUGGAAACUGAUUUGGACAAGCAAGAGAGUGGUGAUGCUAACAAAUCGACUGGAGAUGAGAGAUCAGCUAGUUGGGAUGGCAAUCUGACCCCAGCAGAGAGACGAUACAUGGAACAGAGGGAGAGAAUCGACUACCAUAAGCUGGCAAAGACAUCUAAUAAAUCACACCGUGAUCGUAUUGAGGAUUUCAACCAGUAUCUUGCUAACAUGAGUGAGCAUUAUGAUAUUCCUAAAGUUGGCCCGGGCUAACUUGAAUUGCAUCCAACGGCUUCUCCUUCGGCCCUGUGGCGCUGCCAUAGAUAUCUACUAACGAUCCAUGUUGUGUUCAUAUGCUUUUUGGUUGCUUUAGACCAGUUUUACCAAUUGAGUUUCUCUUUCAGUGAACUUGUUUAAUGUGUAAUCCUCUCAUUCAUGGAUGUUGACAUUUAUGUAAUGAUGUUUCCAUUGCAAUUUUCACCUUCGGAGAUUCAGGAUUUACUCUAA